AUGGUUUCCAAUCAGGGGAUGGAGAUUAAACUCGACAAAAUUAAGGCCAUAGAAGACAUCACUGUGGUGGACAACGUCAAGGCCGUUCAGAGGUUGACCAAGUGUAUAGCCGCCUUGGGCCGGUUCAUAUCGAGGUCCUCAAAAAAAAGCCAUCGGUUCUUCUCAUUGUUGAAGAAGAAGAAUAAUUUUUCCCGGACCCCAAAGUGUCAACAAGCUUUAGAAGAACUCAAAUGGUACCUUUUGAGUCCGCCCCUGCUCCACACUCCGAAGGCAGAUGAGCAACUGUACCUUUACUUGGCGGUAUCUGAGGUGGCGAUUAGUGGAGUCUUAGUUCGAGAAGAGGAAGGUAUGCAAUUCCCUAUUUACUAUGUCAGUAGAACUCUAGGUGAGGCCGAAACAAGGUAUCCUCACAUGGAAAAAUUAGCGCUCACUUUGCUAAGCGCCUCUAGGAAGUUUAAACCACACUUUCAGUGCCACCCCAUGUGUGUCGUAACCUCUUACCCACUAAGAAACAUUAUGCACAAACCCGAGCUCUCAGGCCAGUUGGCCAAAUGGUCUAUAGAAAUUAGCGGGUACGAUAUCGAGUAUCGAACCCGAACAGUCAUCAAAUCACAAAUUUUGGCAUACUUCGUGGCCGACUUUACGCCGGCGUUAAUACCCGAAGUCGAAAAGGAAUUAUUAUUAGCCUCAGGGACUUCCUCGGGAAUCUCUUCCCUCUUUAUGGACGGUGUUUCGAACGCAAAGGGGUCCGGACUUGGCAUCAUGUUGAAGCCACCUACGAGUAACAUAGUUAGGCUAUCUAUUACAACUGUCUCGAAUUGGCUAAAAGCCGCCAAGGUGGUCGAAGCUAAGUGUGAUUCCCCCCUUGUGGUAAAUCAAGUCAAUGGGACAUUUGAAGUAAAAGAGGAAUGGAUGCAGAGGUAUUUAGAAAAAUUGCAGUUCAGGAACAGUCAUACUGCUCAUGAAAUCGGUGGUAGAAGAAGGCCAUGCCGAAAUAAACUUGACAAGUUUAACCUGGAUUGGAGGAACAAGUACUUAGAUUACUUGAAUACUGGGAAAUUGCACUCGGAUCCUAAAGAAUCAAGAGCUCUGCAUACGAAGGCCUCCAGGUUUAUCUUGUCCGAAAGGACUCUGUUCAAGAGGACAUUCGAUGGCCCACUGGCCAUAAGCUUGGGGCCGGGGGAUACCGAAUAUGCUUUAAGAGAAGUUCACGAAGGCACUUGCGAAAACCAUUCGGGGGCGGAAUCUUUGGUUCGGAAAUUAAUCGGGGCCGACUAUUAUUAA